ACUUCCUUCCUCUUCUCUGACCAUAUUAUAAUUCGUCUGGGCUUCCGGCGUUUCCAAAAGUCUAGGACGCACACGCACAGCUAUCACGCCACUCCACUAUGAUUGCUUUUUUCUUACUGUCAUUACCUCCUCCCUCCUCAUUUACUUUUCUGCCGUCUUCUUACACAUGUUCUUUUGGGGGAAGCUUUCUCAAUGGAAAGACUGCACUUAUUUCUCUGUUUUUUCUUGUUUGGCGUCGGUUGGCGAAAUAUACAUCCGGUUGAAGGUGUAAUAUCAUCAUACAUACAUAUGAUAGGUAGUCAUUUGCUAUCAAGGUACUU